AAGACUAACCAGGAGGGUUCAGGGUCCCGUGAUCCACGCCACCUGUACGCGAACCCGCUGAGCCCAUCAACGUGCUGGGUGACUGCCUUGGCAAUUUAUCUUGCAUGCCACCCUCGAUUGGAACCGGGGGCACUAUUUCCAGGCUCUAACCAGAAGCUACGAUUUAGCAAGGUGCUGGCUAACCUUUUGAAGCAAGGAGACGCUGGUAAAAAUUUCGGUACGUACUCGGUGCGCAAAGGAGUGGCUACAUUCGCUUGUGGAGGAAGUACAGGUGGUCCCUCGAUCGUGAGUGUGUGUCUUCGCUGCGGAUGGAGCCUCGGUGGAGUUCAAGAUCGCUAUUUCCGUUAUGAAGCCGCAGGAGAUCAAUUCCUGGGGCGAGUAGUGGCAGGACUUCCCGUAAAUGACUCUAAGUUCGCUACUUUACCGCCCUAUUUUCAGAAUGGCUCCGAUAAAAAUGUGAAAUCGUGCGUGGAGAUUAUGUUUCCGGUUCUCUCUCGCGAAGCCAAUAUGGCAGGAAUUUUGCGGUUGUGCCUAGCAUCACUCGUGCAUCACGCGGAAUAUUUGCUGCAGCUUUUACCGGCCACC